GUGAGGACACUCAUGGUUUAUUCAUGUUCACGAACUCGGGGGAGAGAGAACCCAAAACGAACAGAUAGUAUCGACAGCUUUCAAGGAGGAAAUUCUGCAUUUGAUCUUGAAAACCAUGCAUUCAGUAAGAAACUUUUUCUGUGGUCACUGGUCCUCCACUGCUAGGCUUGAUGGCAAAACAGUGAUUAUAACAGGGGCUAAUACUGGCAUUGGGAAAGAGACAGCCCGGGAUCUAGCGAAGAGAGGGGCACGGGUCGUUAUGGCCUGCAGAGAUAUGGCAAAGGCAGAGACAGCCAAGAAAGAAAUUAUAGAAGAUUCAGGGAACCAAAACAUUAUUGUCCAUAAACUUGAUUUGUCGGACACCAGGUCAAUUAAGGAAUUUGCCGAGUUAAUUAACAAUGAGGAGAGGCAAGUCAACAUUCUCAUCAACAAUGCUGGAGUUAUGAUGUGCCCAUAUUCUAAGACAGCGGAUGGUUUUGAAAUGCAGUUUGGUGUUAACCACCUGGGUCACUUCCUGCUCACCUACUUGUUGAUUGACCUGAUAAAAAGGUCGACCCCGGCCCGAAUUGUCAACGUGGCCUCCACAGCACACAGAUGGGGCAGCAUUAGGCUGGAUGACAUCAACAGCGAGAAGAGAUACGACCCAGUCAAAGCGUAUGGUCAGAGCAAGCUGGCCAACAUCCUCUGUACGCGCUCCCUAGCCAAAAGGCUUCAAGGCACUGGUGUGACUGUGUACUCUCUCCACCCGGGGGUGGUGCGGUCAGACCUAUGGAGGCACCUCAGCACACCUAUACAAGUGGCUGUAAAGGUGUUCCGGCCUUUCACCAAGACAUCUGUGCAGGGGGCUCAAACUUCCAUCUAUUGCGCUGUGGCCCCAGAGCUGGAAAAGGAAAGUGGUGGAUAUUACAGUGACUGUAAGCCAGCAAGAUGCACAAGAGCUGCCUCUGAUGAUGAAAUGGCACAGAAACUAUGGGAACUCAGUUGCCAGAUGCUUGGAAUUACAUGGGACUGAAUGAAGGAAUCCUUGUUUUGUUUUAGCCUAAUGUUUCAUUAAUAAUGUAGACUGAUGCAUUAAAAUUUACUAACUCAUUUCAUAAGCUUCACAACUGAAGUGUAUUCUAACAUAUAGACUAAUUGUCAAAACAAUUUUCUUUUGUAGCCGCCAUUUACCCUUACAGCACAAAACAUGUAUUUAUUAUAAAAUGUAUUGACUUACAAAAGAAAGUAUUGCAAUAGCAGCAAUGUUACAAUGCCCAUGGGUUUACUGAUAUGAAUACAAAUUCAUUCUAAUGAUUGUAAGACGCGUGUAUUGGGAAGACACAAAUGGAAAAAAUCUGUGGACUUUCCCCUUGUGUAAAACUAAAGCAUUGCAGAAAUUAUUUCCAAGUUGAUAUUUACAACUUCUGUGAUGUGGAUACCAAAGCACAUAAUCUGUUUUAUCACUACUUUCAUUUUGCUAACACUGUGAAGCCAACACAUUAGGGAAAGAGAUUGAAUGUUUUUUGUUACUCAGAUGCUUA